AUGCUGCAAAAUAUAAAGACAUUGUGCAUCAAAGAGAUGUUUGGCAUGGCUGCCAAUGAAAAAGGAAACGAAGAUCUUUCUUUGUGGAUUGCGUCUGUCAGAAACCACUUUUGGUAUUCCAGUCGCAACUGUGGUGGCAAUGUUGAUAAUUUAAAAGAUUUGUGGAUAGGGAUUCUCCAUCAUAUUGUCAAUGAACACGAAUGGGCAUUGAAGGAUGGCAUAGGAGAUGGGAAAUGUGGCCAUGACAUUUUAACGGAAGAGGAAAGAGCAAAACCAUGGCUGGCAAAAGAUUCUUCAUCGCAUAAAGCUUUGAGAAGCAUUGUCCUUAAUAAGCGACUAUUAAAUGAGUUGCCAUAUUACACCAGGUUUAGGCAUACAGGUUUUCUGGAAUCUUUCCACAACCAUUUGUUAAUGUACUGUGCAAAACGUCAAUCAUAUACGUUAGUUGGAUAUAAGAUGCGAAAUCAAUUGGCAGCAAUUGAUUUUAAUAAACAUAGAAAAAGACAAGUUGCAAAGACAUUGGAUGGAAAACCAAGAUAUAAAGCACACUACAGUAAAAGGACAAAGCAAUGGUGCCCAGUUGCAGUCCUUGAGCCAAAGGAAUACAAAUAUUUGCCAGAGUUAAUCAUUGCAAUAUUUGAAAAACGAAGAGCUACACCUGGCCAUGUAACACAGCGAUUAGGUCUUGCUCCAGAUGACCCAAGGAACAUUGCCAAAAUAUUGCUGUGGUACCCCAGCCUCCGAUGGAAGAGCUUCUGA